UGGUUAUUUUUUAUGGUAAGACCUAUUUUGUUUUGCAAAUUACGAUGCCAAGUUUAAUUGGUACUCCCGAAGUAUGUGAAGAUGGCGAAUACGGAAACGUAGUAUGUGUAUUAAGUUAGGGUUAGGCCAUAAUUUUAUUCCCAAUUUCCCCUAUUUUAGUUCUCUUACGAGUUCGGAGACUAGCCAAGUGACUCCCGUAGUAUUCAUACCUGAAAUUAUAUCGUUUAAUUUGACUGCUUCUUGAAGUUAGAUAUUUAAACUGCUGAGAACAUGUUUUUUUGUAAGUUCUAGGUUUUUAUAUAUUAGAUAAAUUUUGUAUAUUCAAGACAGUUUACGGAUCUUACACACUACAAUGAAUGCUCCGAGAUUUUUCUCAAACGUGAGAUUUAAAAAGAAAAACAUCCAACUUAUAUUUUUCUCCGCUGUAUGUACUUUGUUUUUCCAUAAAAAUGCGGACGUUUUUGGAAAGAGCAAGAAAAUAAUUCAAAAUCAGGAAACGAGAAAACCAUUGUAUUGGAAUCCAGUGAUCAACAACGGCGUCGAAAACUUUGUAAUUCUUCCUGAUAUAAUACCAGAAGUCAAAAAACCUCGAAUUUUAUUGAAAAAUGAAUUGAACCUGGAAGAAACGAAAAGAAAGCUUCACAGAUAUCUUUCGAAUGCAAAUUUUAUGGAAAUAUCAAAAAAUGAGAUUCCACCUUAUUCAAAAAUACGCUGUCGUGAAGAUCUUGGUCGAAGGAUUCCAAAUAUUGUUCAUUACGUCUGGUUUGGAAAAUUGGAAUUGAAACUUCAUCAAUAUUUAUCAUUGAGGAGUGCUGCGUCCAUUCAGCAACCACAGAAACUAUAUCUUCACAUGGACUUGGAGAACUCACCUACUGGUCAAUACUGGGAGAGACUCAAAUCCGAAGUCCCGUGCUUAGAAAUUCAGCGCCACAAACCAAGUGAAUUCAUUUACGGUCACAGGCUUGCACAUGUUGAGCAUCAGUCCGAUAUUUUGAGAAUGCAAGUACUUUACGAUGUUGGUGGAAUUUAUCUCGAUAUCAACGCAUAUUUCGUGAACCCAAUGGAUAAUUUGAUGAACAAUUCAUUUGUUAUUGGCAAAGAGAAAAAGGGAUGUUACGGUAACAGUGUAAUGUUGUCGGAACCUGGCUCGCCAUUUUUAAAGUUAUGGUUUGAAAAUUAUCAUAAUUUUAAACCGUGGGAAUGGAAUGAACACAGCACACAUCUUCCUGUUAGACUUCAUGAAGAAAAUCCUCAAGUGGAGAUCUACGUUGAUGAAUACUCUAUGAUGAGACCAAACUACAAGGAUGGCAUGGAAUGGAUGUUGACGAGAAACUGGGAUUUAUCUGAUAAUUAUUGUGUCCACCUCUAUGAGAAUAGUUUCGAACUGGAAUACGCUCCGAUACUUGCAAUGUCCGAAGACGAAAUGAUUAAAAUUGAUUCAACAUUUGGACAAAUUGUGAGAAGAUCAUUGUUCGGACAAUAUCACAUCAAGGAAGAUGAAAUUCCCAAAUCCAUAGAGAAAAUAGAAUGUGCGCAACCUACAACGAGUCAAAACCGAAGAAUUCCGAAUAUUCUUCACUUUAUCUGGGAUGUUCAGAAGUUCAAUUACCAUAAUUAUCUCAGUAUCAGAUCAGCAGCUCAAGUUUUUAAGCCAUCUUCAAUUAUAUUCCAUAUUCUUGGAACAGAAGAACAAAUUGAACAACCAUUUCAUUAUUUAUGGGUUCGACUUAACCAUGAAAUCCCAUGUAUCACAAUUCAUAGAUUUAAGGGUGAUUUUGGAAAAUUUAAUUCGAAUUCGGAUCAAGAAUACAUUUUUAAAAUGAAGCUGAAUGCGGUGGUAAUGUAUGGUGGAAUCGUAUGGGAUGUAGACGCAGUUGCUCUUCGUCCUAUAUUCAAAGAUAUCACUGAUUACGGAGCGGUAGUUAGUUUGGAAGAGAGGAAUGCUUUAUCCAAUGUUGUUAUUGCCGGAGAAAAGAGUUCACCAUUCCUACAAAGAUGGAUAGAUCUUAUUGAGGAGAAAAAUCAAGAAACCAUCCAGGAACUAAAAAUAAUGGCUCAAACGAUGCCGGAUUUAAAAGUGAAGAUUAUACCAUCUCCACUGAUGAUGGCGCCAAAGAGUUGGUUUUUAGAAGACAUAGACGAUUUUCGACAGCAGAGGGCGUCAGGAUUCUAUUUCAAAUAUUGGCUCAACCAAAACGAAGAAGAUAUUUUGAAAGAAAAUACAACGUACAGCAAAAUUGCCAGAUACAUAUCAUACGGAAAUUAUAAUUCCGUUCUAUAAUACAUUAGUUUGUUAUCUAUCUUUUAUUUUAAAUCUCGUACAAUCAUGGAGUUUAAAAUGUAUUUUUGUGCUUCCUUUUUACGUAUUUCAAAAUUUAAUAAAGAUUGUGCAAACGUUAUAUUCAACAAUACGAGAAAUGUUGUUAUAUGACUCUUACUUUGGCUUUUUUUCUUCAUAUACGGCAUAAACGGCCACUGAUAUCUCACGAUGUAGUAUUUCAUUAUUGUUCAGUCGCAGCAUAUUUUCUAUUUUUGCGAUGCCAGUAUUAAAAGAUAAAAUUUGAUUUUUCGUUCUAUAUAUAGAGCAAAAGGUAGUUCGCUUGAUUGCGGAUUUGGUCAUGGCACCUUCCGAUCACUAUGCGAAGUUCACGGCCAACUAUCCAUGGCUGAAUCAAGCAUUAGGCUACAUUCUCACGUUUUUCUCCUAUAUUGAGCAAUGUUCAAGAAACUUUUUGUAGAAAGCUCCCGCCAGAAAUAACACCCCACCACCGCUAAGGUGGUGAGCGCAAUCUGCAGUGCUUGAAACGUAGAGGGGUGUUUUUCUCAAAUCUCACAUUUUUGUAUUAGUGGCGGUGGCUUUCUGCAGAAGGUACGUACAAGUGGCAACGGCCUAACAAAAAUCCGUUGCAUUGCGCUAAACUUCGAAAAUACACUUCAAUCGAUAUUUACACGCUACUUAGAGUCACCUACUGUCUCUAUAUGUAGAUAUGUUCAUCGGUUUUCUGCUUCUAGUUUUUGUUUAAUGUUAAUUGAAAGUAACUUGUGAAUGAGUAAAACUAGAAAUCAUCAAUAAAAUAGUCAGCUAAAGCUAAUUGGUUUUGCUUUUUAUCUAAUAUUUUAUAUUUAUACAACCAACAAAAGCUCCUAAUCUGGCAUGAGGACGUUGUCAACUUAUAUAUGAAAUUAGUCAGCAUUACGAUCUGUACUUCUAUAAGAAUUAAUUGACAUUAAAUUAUAAAAUAAGAACGAUUGCAUCUUUUUUGAAAAAAAAAACUGUGAAUCCCAAGUUUUAAUUUAUAUUUUGCACAAUUUGUAACACCAUUGUUGUCAGUACUCUAAACACGAAUUUCUUAAAAUGGG